CUUAUUUCAGCCAACCGGAAUGUUGAGAAAGUCGAAUACCGGAGAUUAAACCCUCCCAUUGUCGCCAGGCGUAUCCGAUUGGUACCCUUCGAAAAAAAUGAGCAUAGACCUGUUUGUCUUCGAGUAGCCUUUAUAGGCGAUGCCUUUACAGAAAUGCCUUUCUUCACCGCCUUCAUCUUUGAUGACUGUCUGGGACUGGUAGUACAUGUUUAUGUCUUCAUCAAGCUUCUGAUUCAAGUCUGCUUCUUCAGUAUUUCAACCAAACCUCUUAAUGCUCUUCCAGAUCUCUCUGAUAAUCAAGUCAGUUAUAAAAUCGCUAAAAUGUCAUUACUUGUUUGCUUCUCUGUAUCUCAGAUCGGUAUUGAACAUGACUCGGGGAAGCAUUGGAAGUUGGAACUAAAGGUGGGGAGCCCGAUUUGUCAGCACUUUAUAGAACAUGGUAUUCCGGGACCUAAGGUUUGGAAUGCAUUCUUAUUCUUCAGGCAAGGAUUCUGA